GGGACAGCUGAGCGGUGGGCGGGGUCAUCUCCGAAGCGGGAAUAACCCGCCAGGAUUUGUUGUCUUCUGGCCACUAAGGGGUGUUGGGGCGGCGGGCUGGAGUGGCGCUCCGGGAAGCUUCCUGAAGUCAAUAUUUGUGAAAUGGCGUUAGUCUAAUUCUUAAUUAAAAUUGACUGUGCGCCAAAAGUCCCGCAUCCUAAUCCUUGAUGAUUGUCGGUGGCAGCUUGAAAUUGAAAACAGAUGUCUGCUCAGAGAUAUCCCCGUUUUUUCACAUACUUCGAAUGAUAGCUUUAAUAUUUAUUGGGUGUAGACAAUCUCACUGGAACUAAAAUAAAAUUAGAUCCAGUUUCCCUGAUGUGUUUUAGGUCAAAUUUCGGAAAACAGAUCAUACAUGUGAUCUUGUUUUCACUUAUUAGUUUCAAAACAGUUAAAAUACUUUCUGUUUCAUUUCAUUAAGGUGUUAACCUUUGCAGCUUACACUUGAUCAGAAUCCAGAUGUUUUGUUGUACAAUUAUCAAAACUUUUGAAUGCUUGUUCUCCUGUCUGAGAUGGAUAGAGGUUUGAAAGCAGACAGUAACUCUUACCUGAUUUAGUUGGUAGGGUACCCACUUUGCAAAGGCCUGAUUGCCUGAGUGAAAGGUUCUCAAAAGAAUUCAACACACAUGGCUGAAAAUUUGAAUUAAAAAGAGAAAGCAUUUGCUUAAAAGAUAAAUAAGUCUAUAGAAUUUGAAAUGGAAAAUGUAGAAAAUGUUCUUUGUGGAUUUAUUCUGUUCUUGGACAAAUCUGGUAGAGUAAACUGGUGAGUACUACAAACAUUGCACAUAAAGUAUUUUUUUGAACCUUACAAGUGCACCUCAUUGAACUCAGUCCAACUUAGUUCUGAGUGAACACUUGCAAGAUUGCCCUCAAGAUGUGUGGCAAAUUCAUGUUUCUAGGCUUGGAGUUGAGAUCAAGAUACUUGAGUAUUAUGUGGACUUAAUGUCCAAGCCUUUUAGAAAAAGAAAAUAUGGGGCUUCUAAAAAAGAAGCAGCCAGAGAAUAUGUCCUUUUUCAUGAAAUUUUCUUUAUCAGCAGUUUCAUCAUUUUGAAACUGAUUUUCCUCAGUUCACUAUCUUGAAAUAAAAUUUAUUUAAACUGCAGAUAAUAUGUCUACAUUUGUGGAGAAAGAGCUAAAGAUCUUCAUUAAUGUAAAAGUUUGUCUCAUUAGAUGCAAGGGAUUUAACUCUAGUCCUUUGUACACUAUCCUACUAUUAAGCUAGGUAUUGCAGUUUCUGUAAACACAUCAAAGGAGUUUUUAUUUUCUGUGCUUCGCACAUUGGAUGGGGUUAAUUCUGUCCUUGUACUGCAUUAUUUACUCUGAAUGUACUCUCUGCUUGAUCUAGGGUACUUAUUUGAUCUAUUAAAGGUGAGUAUACAAGGAAUAUAAUUAGUGAGUUUAAAUGGUAAAAUUUGAACAUACAUUGCAAUUAAAAGUGGGUGUAGCAGGUUUGGAUGUGCUUGGUGGUGUUUUGUUUAUUGCAUUGUGAAACUUUGAUGUUAAGCUGUAUCUUUCUUUCAAAAACAUACAUUGAAAGAUUCUAAGAUAAAAUGUUGCAUGCUCCAAAGUGAAUAAGAAGCUUGUUGUAAUGUGCAUUUACUGCAUCUCAGGUUUUUCAGAAUAAUUAUGGUGUAAGAAUUCAGUAGCAUUCUACAGUUCUUCCUAGAAUUUGAAAUGGAAGAUGUAAGCAAGAACUACCACUAUUUGAUUUAAGAAGUUUCUGACAGGUGCUAUGUAUACUGUUGUGUACACUCUGAAACAGUUUUUCCUUUGAAUCUGUAUAGUCCUAUUUCAGACUAAAUUUGGGGAAUUAAGUAAGCAAUGAAAUGCAUGAGUUUAUUUUGCAAAUAAUAUAAAUAUACAUUUAUUUCUUAAAAUUAUUUUCAGUUUCUGAUUUAAGCAAAAUUCUAAUUCAGUCAAUAGUUUUAACAUUUGCUCAAAUUUAAGAUUUUUUUUUUUUUUUGGUGGACUGACUGAUUUCCAGCACUAUAUAAAGUUGUUUGGCUUCUAUAUCAGUUUGAAAAUUUUUCUUUUUUUCCAUUAUGUAAAUAUUUAAGUAUUUAUAGUGUGCCUUAUGAUUACAAUCAGUACACAAUCAAUGUUGCUAUUUACUUUUAUGUCUCAGGUGCAGGAGUCUUCACACUUGGCCCUUUUAUGACUUGUGGACUUCAACUCCCAGAAUUCCUCAGCCAGUUUGAAGACCCCUGCUCAAGUGCAUAUAACAUAUCCAUCAUGGCAGCGCUUAUUAGCGGGCAUCUAGUCACCUGCUGCCCGCCACAUCCCUCACCUUGUUUUGUCACUGCCGCAUCACUAGCCAUCCCGUUAAAGUUGACAAUUGCUUUUUUUGCACUUUCUGGCUUGGAUAUGUUGGAUUCCUUAGAUGUUGUGAACAAAGAGGAUAUAAUAGAAUGGAUUUAUUCUCUGCAAGUCCUUCCCACAGAAGACAGAACAAACAUGCAUCACUGUGGCUUCCGUGGUUCUUCAUAUCUAGGAAUCCCUUUCAAUCCAUCUAAGGGGCCUGGUAUUUCUCAUCCAUAUGACAGUGGGCACAUAGCAAUGACUUACACUGGCCUUUGUUGCUUAAUUAUUCUUGGCGAUGAUUUAAGCCGAGUAAAUAAAGAAGCCUGCUUGGCAGGACUCAGAGCACUACAGCUGGAAGAUGGGAGUUUUUGUGCAGUCCUUGAAGGAAGUGAAAAUGACAUGAGAUUUGUAUACUGUGCUGCUUGUAUAUGCUACAUGCUCAAUAGUUGGUCAGGAAUGGAUACAAAGAAAGCCAUUGACUAUAUUAGAAGAAGCAUGUCAUAUGAUAAUGGUCUUGCUCAAGGAGCAGAACUUGAAUCGCAUGGUGGCUCUACUUUUUGUGGUAUUGCAUCAUUGUGCCUGAUGGGUAAACUUGAGGAAGUCUUCUCUGAAAAGGAACUGAACAGAAUAAGGAGAUGGUGUAUUAUGAGGCAACAGAAUGGUUAUCAAGGAAGACCCAACAAGCCUGUAGAUACCUGUUAUUCAUUUUGGGUAGGAGCGACUCUUAAGCUUCUGAAAAUAUUUCAGUAUACGAACUAUGAAAAAAACAGAAAUUACAUUUUAUCAACCCAAGAUCGCCUUGUUGGUGGAUUUGCUAAGUGGCCAGAUAGUCAUCCAGAUGCUCUUCAUGCCUACUUUGGGAUUUGUGGCCUGUCCUUAAUGGGUGAGUCUGGCAUUCGAAAGGUUCAUCCUGCCCUGAAUGUAAGCACAAGGACUUCAGAACGCCUUCAACACCUUCAUCAGAUCUGGACAACCCAGGACUCUAAACAGUCUUCAGAGGAAGUGCACAGUGCCACAUGA